CGUAUGGGCACGUGACCUGAUGUUUGAACCGCGAUUUUGGUUAAGACCGAGCUUGAUCAAACGUACCGGGUUCAUUUUUAUCUACGAAGAAGAGGCAUAUUGAUUGAGCACCUGCGAGGGCGCCGGGUCAGCCCGAGGGACUGUGGAUAUAACAUCACGAGUGAAACAAUGUCACUUGCAGCAACAUGGAUGGACCUAGAGAUUAUCAUACUAAGUGAGGUCACCACGGAGCACUGAGUAGAGUUCCCUGUGCUAUACAAUGGAGGCAGGAGGGUCAGCACCAGAGCUGGAGAUGUGACAGCGGAAGCAGGAGUGUGUGCUGUGGGCCCACAAGCCAAGGAGCGUGAGCAAUCUCUAGAAGCUGGAAAAAGCAAGGAAACAAAUUCUCCCUGGGGCCUCUGGAAGGAGCACAGCUCUGCUGAGACCUUGAUUUGAGCCCAGGACCAUGGCUGACAAAACGGAAGAGGCUGGUGGCGUCCACUUCCCUUUUCCCUUCACACCCUAUGCCAUCCAGAAAGACUUCAUGGCAGCGCUGUACCAGGUGUUGGAGGCUGGCAAGAUUGGGAUAUUUGAGAGUCCAACCGGCACCGGAAAAUCCUUAAGUCUCAUUUGUGGGGCCCUCUCCUGGCUCCGCGACUUUGAACAGAAGAAACAGGAAGAGGAGGAGCGUCUCCUUGAGGCCGGAGCCGACCCCUUAAACAAUGGGAAGGGCCAGGCCCCGUGUCCCCCACCCUCCUGCCAGCAGAGCCCAGGCUCCCCGAGGGCCGCUGGAGAGCCCGACUGGGUCACUCAGUUUGUGCAGAAGAAAGAAGAAAGGGAGCUGGUGGACCGGCUAAAGGAGGGGCAGGUCAGGAGGAAGAAGCGAGAGGAGCGCCUUCGGCAGAUCCGUCACAACGCGUCGCUCAAGUUCGCAGCCAAGCGCAUGAGACAGGAAGAUGAAGAAACUGAGCGUCUCCUCCGCCUGAGCAGGGAGAUGCUGGCAGCAGGCUCGGGGCCCGAGCAGCUGGCCUGGGGGGAGGACGAGCUGGUCCUCGCCGAGUACGAGAGUGACGAGGAGAAAGGCUCAGCCAGCGGAGUAGACGCGGAUGAGGAUGACCUGGAGGAAGAACAUGUAACUAAGAUUUACUACUGCAGUCGGACGCACUCGCAGCUGGCCCAGUUCGUGCAUGAGGUACAGAAGAGCCCCUUCGGCAAGGACACUCGGCUUGUGUCCCUGGGCUCUCGGCAGAAUCUUUGUGUCAAUGAAGAUGUGAGAAAGCUAGGUUCUGUGCAGCUCAUCAAUGACCGCUGUGUGGAGCUGCAGAGAAGCAAACACGAGAAGAAGAGCGUCGUCGAGGAGGAGAAGCCCGGGCGGAGGAGGAGGCUGGAGCCGCGGGCCACCUGCCCCUUCUACAACCAUAAGCAGCUGCAGCUCCUCCGGGACGAGGUCCUGUUGGAGGUGAAGGACAUCGAGCAGCUGGUGGCCCUGGGGAAGGAGGCUCGGGCCUGUCCCUACUACGGGAGCCGGUUCGCCAUUCCAGCAGCCCAGCUGGUGGUGCUGCCCUACCAGAUACUGCUGCACGCGGCCGCCCGGCAGGCGGCGGGGAUCCGGCUGCAGGGCCAGGUCGUGGUCAUCGACGAGGCCCACAACCUGAUCGACACCAUCACCGGCAUCCACAGCGUGGAGGUCAGCGGUUCCCAGCUCUGCCAGGCCCACUCCCAGCUGCUCCAGUACAUGGAACGAUAUGGGAAGCGCUUGAAGGCCAAGAACCUGAUGUACAUCAAGCAGAUCCUGUACGUGCUGGAGAAGUUCGUGACGGUGCUGGGCGGGAACGUUAAGCAAAGCCCCAAUACCCAGAGCCUGUCUCAGGCAGGGACGGAGCUGAAGACCGUCAGCGACUUCCUCUUUGAGAGCCAGAUCGACAACAUCAACCUGUUCAAGGUGAAGCGCUACUGUGAAAAGAGCAUGGUCAGCAGAAAGGUACGUGUCCCUUUGCGCGGGCCCCCGUCGCUGUCCUCCGUGCGUCUCUUCUCCUGGCCUGCCGAACCUCCGAACGCCCUGUCUCUGUGCUCACCAUGCGGCAGCUCGCCAGGGGCGGGGAGGGGCCCGUCCGGCUCCCUCUCACAACCACUGCUCUCAUCCCUGUCCCAGCUCUUCGGCUUCACAGAGAGGUACGGGGCGGUCCUGGCGCCCUCCAGGGAGCAACCCAAACUGUCCGGGUUCCAGCACUUCCUGCAGAGCCUGCAGCCGGGGAUGACUGCGGCUCCUGCAGCCCCCGCGGAGGAGGGGGAGGACAGGGCACCGCGGCCCGCUUCCCCGCUGAUGCACAUCGAAGGCUUCCUCGCAGCUCUCACCACUGCCAACCAGGAUGGCAGGGUCAUCCUGAGCCGUCAAGGCAGCCUCAGUCAGAGCAGCCUCAAAUUCCUGCUCCUGAAUCCAGCCGUGCACUUUGCCCAGGUGGUAAAGGAAUGCCGGGCGGUGGUCCUCGCAGGGGGUACCAUGCAACCGGUGUCCGACUUCCGGGAGCAGCUGCUGGCGUGUGCCGGGGUGGAAGCUGAGCGCGUGGUGGAGUUCUCCUGUGGUCACGUGAUCCCUGCAGACAACAUCCUGCCCCUCGUCAUCUGCAGCGGGCCCUCCAACCAGCAGCUGGAAUUCACGUACCAGAAGAGAGAGCUGCCUCAGAUGAUGGAUGAGAUGGGUCGCAUCCUCUGUAACCUGUGCAACGUGGUGCCGGGAGGGGUGGUCUGUUUCUUUCCCUCCUAUGCGUACCAACGCCAGGUCCACGCCCACUGGGACAAGAGUGGCCUGCUGGCCCGCCUGGCUGUCAGGAAGAAGAUAUUUCAGGAGCCCCAGAGAGUGAACCAGGUGGAGCAGGUGCUGCUGGAGUAUUCCAGGUGCAUUCAGCACUGUGGCCAGGCAGGGGGCAUGGUGACAGGGGCCCUGAUGUUCUCCGUGGUCGGAGGGAAGAUGAGUGAAGGCAUCAACUUCUCUGACAACCUUGGCCGGUGUGUGGUCAUGGUGGGCAUGCCCUUCCCCAGCAUCAGGUCUGCAGAGCUGCAGGAGAAGAUGGCUUACCUGGACCAGACCCUCGUGAGUACCGCCAGUGCCUCGGAGGUCAAAGGGAGGGGGCACCCCACGGCUGUGACUCCCCCUUGCCCUGGGACGUGUGUGUCCCGUUUGCUCCAGAGCGAUGGGACGCCCCCUCCACAGCCCCUGAGCUUCUCCAUGCCAUCACCUAUCAUGCCGGCUGCUGUGCCCAUGAGGCCCACGGGUCCCGCUCCAGAGCCCGGCUAUGUCACUGUCACUGAGAACACUAGGAGGAGGCAAGAGUCCGCUCUGACGGGUCACCUCCUUUCCCCUUCCCAGCCCCGAGCCCCAGGCCAGGUGCCUCCUGGGAAGGCGUUGGUGGAGAACCUGUGUAUGAAGGCCGUCAACCAAUCCAUAGGCAGGGCCAUCAGGCAUCAGAAGGAUUUUGCUAGCAUCGUGCUCCUGGACCAGCGGUACGCCCGCCCUCCUAUCCUGGCAAAGCUGCCGGCCUGGAUCCGGGAUCGCGUGCAGGUCAAAGCCACCUUUGGCCCUGCCUUUGCUGCUCUGCGGAAGUUUCAUAGAGAGAAGUCUGGCUCUUCCUGACAGAUGGCUGCACCACUGCCUGGUCACCAGGCCCUCCUUUCACCCCGCCCACUAGAAAUGUUGUCUUGGGCCUGGUCUGCAGCGAUCCUGCCUAAGAAGUUGUGAAGCCCAGGUGGCGAGCGCGGUAGCCCCCUUUUGGAAUCAGUGGGCUGCCGGGACCUAGGAAUAGGUGGAGAAGCCAACAGGAGAAAAUGAGGCUGAUCCUGAAGGAACAGUGCCCCGCCAUUCCUGGGCCCGUCCCAGGGCAGGUGCCCUCCCUGGAAUUGAGCCUGUCUUCCACUCGGCACGGCCCGGAGUCCAGCUCCCUGACCUGAUUCCCGGCCAGCCUUUGUGCGCGACUGUGGAGGCCACAGCACCUCCGCCCUUGCUUGCUUCUCAGUAUCCACAUUCUUAGAGGUGAGGUGGGGCAGGCCCGCCCUCCCUCUCCUUUCUCGCUAAAAGUAGCUGUUCUAGGCCUUUCACCCUCUCUCGGGGCUUCUGCUCACCCUAACCACCUUCUUGCUCUGAGUUGCUAAGAACUGCUCCCCACUCCUGCCCGCUGGUCUUCCUGCAGGCCCGCUCCUGGCCCUGCAGCAGGAUCAGCUUCCCGGCUCGGCUCUAGGUCCUCCCAGGCAGGGGCCCCUCCCUCCCCACCAGCACCAGCACUGGAGCCCACGCGGAGACUCCGCUUUGCCUGACAUCAGCAAUUAUGCUGAGGGCCAUCAGGCUCUCAGCGAGGCUAUUUUUAGCGACCCCGUGUCUGUCACUGAGACAUAUUUUCCUGCGUGGAAAUGUCCCUCCCCCUGCUGGCCCCUGCUGACCACACCUCUCCCUGCCCCCGCUACCUGAGACCCGGCCUGGAGGGACAUCACCUGCAUUUUGUGCAGCUGUGGUCUCUUAAUUAAGAGGGCGCUGUUGGGUUAUGCUCGGUUCUGGCGUCGUACUUCUUUAUUGACUCAUGUACUGUUUGGCCACAAAGUGUCUCUAGGGAAAAGGCACGCGCACCGGCCGAGGGGGUGGGUGAGGCACAGGCAGAGCGCAGCCCCUGAAGCAGCUCCAGGCAACAGAGCUGGCCGGUCCUCCGUGACCCCCUUCCCUCCCAGGAGCCUGUCCGUGAUGAAGUCGGGGGCUUGGGGAAGGCGGAGCGAGCGAGCCCCUAGGAUUCCCAGUCAUCCUCGUCCUCCUCUCCUGGGGCUGGCUGCAGGGGAGGCAGGGGCGGGAUGGAGUCCGACAUUCGGGCAAAGGCCCCUCCUGGCCCCUCGCUGGCCCCCGGCCCGGGUCCUUUCCCGGAGAUACCUGGGAGGGCAAAGGUGGAAGGUGAGGGGGGCUGGUUUGGGGCACCAGUCCACCCGGGCUCUAGAGACUUGAAACAGUGAGAAAAAAGGAUGUGGACGACCUCAGCCAGGGAGGCAGCCGGCGUCCUGCUUCCUACCUUUGCGCCUCAUGGCCAGCUUGUUGAAGAGAUCCGACAUCAGGUCUCCACCUUGGCUGGUGGCUCUCACUGCAACAGGAAAGCCAUGGGGAGAAGAUGAAGGGGCCAGGGGUGGACCAGAUCCAGCCUGCCUAACACCCUGAGGGCUCCAUCAGUGUCCUCUGUGCUCUCAACGCACCCGGCCCCUCUGCAGCCACGAGGCCGCCACGGCUCACACCCGGCCCCUCCGCGGCCAUGUGUCACCACAGCUCUUGGAGCUCUGGUCAGUGCUCAUAAGAACACAGGUAACCUCUGAGUAACAACAGUCACAGCUACCCUGUGAGACAAGGGCACAGACGAGCAGCCUCGCUGGACAGAUGAGGAAUCUGGCCCAGAGAAAUUAGGCAAUUUGCUUGGGGUCACAGUGCAAAGCUCAGAAGCAGAGCUGGGACUCAAAACUCAGGACUGGACUCCCAGGGCAUUGCUGCUUUAGGCCCAGGUGUGGUAUUUAUGUCAGCCAUGGGGAUUCACGGCUGACGUAAUCCAGAGUCUCAGAGGCCUAGAGAAGCAGGACUUAGCCAGGUCUCCGUCCCUAAAAACAUCCCAGGUCCCUGCCCGUUUCCUGGACAACUGGCAGAGUCUAAGCAGGCUCUUGCAGUUUGAGUGGCCGCGGCUCUGGCCCCCGCGGGCGUAGAGAGCACAGCCCCACCGCAGGCCCCAGGAGCAGGAGGGGCCUCGCGCGCGGGCCCGGCCGCACCUUGCUUCUGCUGCUUCUGCUGCUUCUUCUCCAGCUUGCGCUCCUUGACGCUGCGCAGCUUGGCCUUGCCGAUGCCCCCGGCCUGGCGGAUGGACUCCAGCAGAGUGGCCCGGCCACCGGAGGGGUCAACCACUUCCUUGGGCGCUCCCUGGACUGGGGUGGGAAGGGUGCAAGAGGCUGCUCAGGCAGGGCCUGGCCGUGCGGCCCAGAGGCGGCCCUGGGCAGUGUCUGAGGAAGGGCUCUUCCUCGGCGAGGAGACUCGCGGCCUGGACGCUGCCUGCAUCUGCCCAGGCUCGGCCGGUCCCUCUCCAGCCCCACCUGCUUUAGGUGCCACGCUGCACAGGUGGACCCUGGGAAUCACCAGUGUGUUGAGUGUCUGAACUUAACACAGGAGCCAACGGGAUUUCUGUGCCACUUCUGGGUGCUGGAGAUGGACUGGGAGAUACAGGAGUAAAACCGAAACCCUACAACUUAAGGGCCACGUGGAUACUUUGUUGCUGUAGUUUUCCAUGUCUAUUAGUUGCCCCCUUUUCACGGCUCCCCCUGUCCAGGCUCCAGAGACAUGGUUUGAAACUGCUGUUAUGAACCCAGUAGAACAAGAUUUUGUAAUUAGAACUACUCUGAAAAUCUAGCAUUUAUGACCACUUAACUAAGCUACAGAAAAUCCUUCAGGGAUCCAGAAAUGAGGGGCACCCUCAGAGAAAGCACCCCUCCC